AUGGCGGGCGGGCUGGGACGAGCACCAGGGUCGCUCCCUCAGUUUAUCCCGGUGCGUCGCAGCUACUCAGUGAGCUGCCGGCGUCGCCCCGUGCUAGUUUCUUUCGCCUGCUUGCUUUUCUUCUGCGACUCAGCGGCAGCAGGACAGGGCAACCGGGUAGAAGAUGAUCUACAACAGUAUGGGAAUGAAGGUGUAGUAGCGACAGGGUACAACUCUGGGUUUCAGUCCUCUAAUAUGGGUCCCUCUCCACUCGCUGCUGGACGGCAAGGCCUAGUUCCUAGAACACGAGAUCGUAAUCGACCAAACAGGAGAAGUAGAAACGCGGGAGGUGCAGGAGCAUCUUCUUCAAAUUAUGCGAGUUCGAGCGCAUAUCAUGCGCACUACAACCCUGGAGUUGCUGGUGGUGCGACAAGAUUCGCACUGACGCCGGGUUUAGUACUGCCAGGAGGACUACCACUACCACCACUUCUACAGAGGGCUUCUUCUGAAACAACAACAUCGUCGUCCACCCACAUGGGAGUGAACAAUUUUUAUCCACCAGCUGGCGACCUCGGUAGACCUUUCACUCGGUCGGCGAGAGAAGAGCAAGGCGAUACUAGCAACUUCUAUGCAAGUGGCGUUUCGACGCUGGAACCAGGGCCGCAGUCCUCGCUUCCUAGUUGUUCCGGAGAUGUACUUCCUGCACACCUUAGCCGGUGUGCCGGGGCGAAGUGCGUGAGGCAUUGCAGAG